CUGUCAUUCGUCUAAUAACACAAAUCCAGCAACCGUGCCGAGGAACAGCUGCACCUUACCUCCCUCCAAUCAUGGCCGCACCGCUUGACACCAAUCCUUUCCACGCCUUCACCCUUCCAUCUUUCUCACUUUGCCCCCUGACCGAGUUCAAUUACAUGCUAACACCUCCCCUCUCCGGGCAGCAGAUCAUCAACGACCUCACAGCCGACAAGGCCAUCACGGGCCUCGUCUACGGCCUCGUGCUCGGUCUCGCGGCCUUCGUGGUCAGCAUUCUCUUCGUCUUCUGCCUCGCCAGAACUCUCCUUCGUCUCGUCUCGCGGUCUGCCGGUGUCGUCUUUGCUUGGGUGGUGACUGUACCUGGGGAGAUUCGGUGGGGUAUUCGUCGGCUUGGCCGUCGCCUCCGUCGUGGUCGUGGAGGGAUGGAUACUGGAGAGGAGGAGGAGGAUGGGGUGUUUGAGUUGGUGGAUUUGGGUGGGAACACGGUACGUGCGGUUUUCGCUUUAAUUUGUUUUCACCCCUAUUCUACCACGGAUUAUGUUGUUGAUUUUGUGUUGAUGGAUCAUAAACAUCGAUGGGGGAAGGCCUCCAGCUUGCCAAGUGGCCAGCGGGUGUCUAUCGCAGCGCUGGCCGUGUGUGUGCUGCAGGCUGAGCGCGUGGCCUUCGGUGUCAGCCCUCGAACAUACCUGAGCAGGGUGCAACAGGCCCAUGUCCCGUCUGAGAGAAGCUCGCCGAUGGUGGCGUUCAGGUCUUUUCACGGGGCGCAGUACUCCAUUGCCAGGAGCUCCUCGUUCAAUGGGACGAGCGUGAAGUCGACGUCACCCAUCCUAAUGUACUCGGGGAUUGCCUUCUGCAUCAUGUCCCUCCCAACCUUUCCAAAAUGGUUUUUAUUCGGGAAUGUAUUUUGCUUCCUCUUUGUCACCCCAACCUGAAACUUCUGGAUGAAGCGAGCAAUCUCCUUCAACUCCUCACGGUCGUCACCGUUCUCAGGCGUGCUCUCGCCAAGGCCUCCCUGACUGUGGCGAUUGGGGUAGCUAGGUCUCGCUGUACUUCGUCAGGCGUGAUUCCAUUCCGUACCGUAAUCGCAUAGGGUCGUCGUUAGCGGGAGCGUCGUCGUGUGCCGGGCUACUUUGCAAGCCUGAUG